AUGGCCUUCGACAUGGAAGCUGUUGUCCCUGUCGAGAUCGAUGAACCUUCCUACCGAACGGAAACUUUUGCCCCAAAAGCAAACGAGGAGGCACUUGCCUUAAGCCUCGACCUGAUCAAAGAGCACCGAGCACAGGCUAACCUUCGUAAUGAAGCUUACAAACAGCGCGUCUCGCGGUACUAUGACUCCAGGGUCAGAUCCCGCUCUUUCCGAAUCGGAGACUGGGUCAUGCGAAAAGUUUCUCUGGCAACUAAGGACUCCAGGGAAGGAACCCUCGGACCUUCCUGGGAAAGACCUUACGAGAUCAUCGGCAUCCAGCGAUCAGGAACUUAUCGACUCAGGGACUCCAACGGAAAGACCCUCGGUCAUCCUUGGAACGUAGAGCAUUUGAAAUACUACUUUAAAUGA